UUGCAAGGUCGUUUCAAAUGAGCUCCCUGAACUUUGAACUGUAUCUGCGAAGCGAGAUAAACAAGAGCCGUAUAAAUACCACAGCCCUGCUCCCCGCGCUGUUUUCUUCGGCAGCGCACAAACAGAGCAGCCAAGGAGAGGCAAGGAGAAAAGGUUAAAGCCCAGCCAUGUGGGCAGGGCUGGGGCUAGUUCUGAGUCUCUGCCUCCUCCCAGGAGGAGGGGCAGAGAUCCAGAACUGCAAAGAGCCCCCAGAAUGGCAUAUUGGGGAGGAGAAUCCAAUGCUGAACUCUAGGGGUUCAGUGACAGUGGUAGCUCUCCUCCAAGCAAGCUGAUAUUUGUGCCUGCUGCAGGCUUCCAGAUUGGAGGACCUGCGAGUGAAGUUAGAGAAUGAAGGACUAGUCAAUAUCUCAUAUGUGGUUGUCAACCACCAGGGAACUCAGUCACACAGGAAAUUUCACCUACUGAAAGAAAGUGUUUCAGACUAUAUUACUGUCUACCAGCAGGAUGAAAAGCAAGCUGAUGUCUGGACUACCCUAAAUGGAAAUAAAGAUGAUUUUCUCAUCUAUGACAGAUGCGGCCGUCUAGUGUAUCAUCUGGGUCUGCCCUACUCCUUCCUGUCUUUCCAAUAUGUAGAAGAAUCUAUAAAGAUUGCAUACUGUGAAAACAAGUGUGGAAAUUGCUCUUAUACGGAACCCGAUAUUGAUGAUAUAUGUGAAAACAUCACUAAAAAGGCAGAUGAAAAGCUAGCAGAGAUAGAACCAAAACCAGCUGGCCAACAUUCACAUCAUCACCACCCGCACAGACACAGACACCACCACCGAGAGGGGAAUCAUCAUUCUGAAAAUGGAAACCAACACGCUCCUGCUGAAGCUCCAAGACGACGUCAUUCUCAAAGUGGUCGACGUCACAGAGUUUUUGGCCAUAACAGACAUGAUCACAGAGGUAGCCAAGAACAGGCAGAAACUCUUUCUCAGGGAGAAGGUGGAGAAUUUCUUACACAAGAUAAAAAGCUAUGAAAAAAGGGAAAAACCAACUGUAAAAAUCAGUUAACUUGAAACUGGCAGAAAGCAUCAGAUUCAAAUUCUAGUAGCUGAUGCUGCCAUUGUCGACACCUUUUGUUUGAAGAGCUAGGGAACUCUGUCACUUGACAGUGUCGCGGAGCACUUCCGAAUUCUUGCAGCUGACACGGCCAGCUGUUAGCAGAGGACAUCACUGAAUCUUGACAGUGACGUCCGCUCUCAGCUGCCUGACAGUCAUCAGCAGCAAGAGCAAGUGAAACUAGUGACACCUGACAGUGACAGGAAAAGGCAGGAAACUGAGCCUGAGAAACAAACUAAACACCAUAAAACACUGCCUAAAUUCCUUUAAUUGUAAGAGUGGAAAAAUUAACAGAUCAAGUGUUUUUAUUGCCCCACAAUAAAAAAUUGUUUUAAGACAGGUGACAGGAGUGUGGAGUUAAAAAUGUAAAUACUGCAAACAAUUGGAAUUUUACAGCAGUGCUCUUAGAAGUACACAAAACCUGUCAAAUUCCAUCAAUGAAAAACUUUGUAUUUUAAAGCAAUUUAACUGACCCAUAGAGUUUGUUUUUCAGUUGUAGUUGAAAGGUGUCUGCAUUCUUGAUUAAUUUGUCUUUCUUGUUUUUCUUCUAACAUUCUGCUUGCAUUUGUGAGGACAGGAGCAUAAACUAUGACCUAGGGGCUUCUGUUUGAUGCUAGCAAACAAGAACAGAAGAUGACCAAAAAAGAUAUUUUAAUCAUACUUUAUUAUUAAGAAAGAACAUGGAAUAUAUGCAAAAGUUUUUUUUCUAACCUCUGGAUACAAAUUGUAUACAAUGAAAGCUUAUUCCUAAGCAACAUGCCAAAAUACCUUUUUAUCUUAAAUGUAAGCAGUAAUUGCAUUAUUUUAAAGUAACAAAUUUGUAUGUUUAUCUUCUGUAACUAUAUACUGUAUCAGGGUCCCAUAAUACACACUGCUGCAGCUUGUACAAUCUCACUGAAUGAAUAGGAUUGUGCCUAAAAUGAGAGGCAGCGUUAACAGCUCUUGAUGCAGAUCAGUAUCUGUACCAAAAAAGCAGUGGGGUGGGGACCAAACUCAGUCUUGAUGCAGUGUUUGUCUUUGUUUAUAACAGUGCUGAAUUUGAUAAUCUGUAUUGAUUAGUAAUGCAGUAUACCUCUGAAAUUUGUAUAACUUCUGUUUGUAACUUAACAUUCUCUAACUGUGAUUAACCAAACUGAAGUGAAAAUACAGUAGUUUGAAAGAAUCUUGGAUAAAGAGAAUAUCCAAGAAAGGAAAACCACUUUGAGAGCAUACACCAUAAUUAAUGAUGGUUUAAUAGGGAAAUUGUUACUCCUACAAAACCUGAAGCUUCUUAUGGUGAAUACUGAUUAGCAAGAAAGUAAUACUGAACAGAAUGUAAGUUUAUGGAAUAUUUGACAAGAGUUUUUUCAAUAAAAAUAGAUUCAGUA